AUGCCAGAGCCCUCAGCUCAACCCCCAUCCUCUGCAGGGAUCGGCGUGGGACUCGUCGGCUUUGGCCUCUUCUUCAUCCUUUUUGGGAUGCUCUUGUACUUUGACUCGGUGCUCCUGGCCUUCGGAAAUAUCCUCUUCCUCUCUGGUUUGGUCUUCAUCAUUGGCUUCAGAAGGACAUUCACCUUCUUCUUCCAGAGGCCAAAACUAAAGGGCACCAGCUUCUUCCUGGGAGGGGUCCUCAUUGUCCUCAUGAGGUGGCCCCUGCUGGGCAUGCUGCUGGAGGCCUACGGCUUCAUCACCCUCUUCAGGCGUUUUUUCCCAGUGGCUUUUGGAUUUUUGGGCUCAUUGGGAAACAUCCCCCUGCUGAGCAAGCUAUUCCAGAAACUUGGAGACACCAGCUCCAUGGUGUGACCUUGAAGACAGGCCGCACUGCUAAAGAUAGGAGGCAGCAAGUGAGCUCUGGCCCGCCUCUCCCACCCCCGUGUAACCUGCACCCAGGGACCCCUCACGCUGAUUGGAGCAGCCUGUGCCCCAAGGACGGUGCCUCACUACCCCACCGGGCUCUCAGCGGUGACCCGCAGCCUGCCAGGAGCAAGCGGGUGGUGAGCGAGGCUCCUGAGCCCAGAAGUUGUGCCAGGUGGGAUUGUGUAAUGCUUUUUUU